UUGGUUACUGUAAUCCACCCCGGGAAUCCUGCAAUCAAAGGAGAUGAUGUUAUAAAUGCUCCAUCAGAUGGACAUGUUUCACCUUUGGAUACAUUUUUGGAUCUUGUCAGGUAAAUAUUUUCAACUAUUUUUUCAUAUAUAAAAAUUUCAGAAACAUGUUUCCGGAAAAUAUAAUUCAAGCAACAUUUGAAAGAAUGCAAACAAAUUAUAAAUCAGUUCGUCAGCCAAUAAUCUCAAAAAAUGGAACUUUUGAAAUCAAAAAACAACGAAAUAUCGAAAUGACAAAAGGAAUGAAUAUUCUUGGAAUAAUUGUAUUUUGCACGGGAUUUGGAAUUGUUAUUUCACAAUUAGGUGAAAGAGCCAGAAUUGUUGUUGAUUUCUUCAUUAUUUUGGAUGCUGUUAUAAUGCGAUGGGUUGUUACUCUUAUGUGGUUUGCACCUUUCGGAAUAACUUGUUUGAUUUGUGGAAAUCUUUUGGAACUUCAAGAUUUAUCAGCAAUUGCAACUGUUCUUGCUUUAUAUGUUUUCACAGUUUGCACUGGUCUUAUUCUUCAUACAAUUAUUACUGUUCCACUUUUAUACUUUUUCAUAACUCGAGAAAAUCCACUUCUUAUUUUUCGUGGAAUGAUUCAAGCAGUUGUCACCGCAUUUGGAACAGCUUCUGGGUAAGUUUUUUUGGAAUCUGGGAAAAUUCGAGUUCCAAAUUCUUCUCUCUCAUCUCAAUUUCAUUUUUUUGUAGUGGUGCAACACUUCCAAUGUCAAUGCAAUGUCUCGAAGAUCAUUGCGGUGUUGAUCGUCGAAUUUCUCGAUUCGUUCUCCCAUUGGGAUCAACCAUCAAUAUGGAUGGAAAUGCACUUUACGAAGCUGUUGCUGUUAUUUUCAUUGCUCAGAUCAACAAUGUUCAACUAAGUUUAGCCGAAGUUUUGACUGUUAGUAUAACAGCAACAAUUGCAUCAAUUGGUCUUGGAUCAGUUCCAGCUGGAUUAGUUUCAAUUCUAUUGAUUCUAAAUACAGUUGGUUUACCUGUUCGAGAUGUUUCGAUGCUUUUCACAGUUGAUUGGUUACUGUAAGGUGUAUCAAAACUUGUGAUUUGUCAAAAGCUUCUUUUUUUGCAGUGAUCGAAUUCGAACAGCUGUCAAUGUUUUGGGAGAUGCUUAUGCUGCUUCAGUUGUUCAGCAUAUUUUACAAGCAAAAUUAAAUAAGGCAGAUGCGAGACAUGAUUAUAAAACAGAAAUAAAAGAGGAGAUUGAAUUAUUGAAAUCAGCAGCGACAAGUCGGAGACCAUCACUUACUCUAUCUCAAGAAUCUAAAGAGGUUUGAAUUUUUCUUGAAAAUCUGAAACCCUAUUCAAAAAAAAUUUCAGAUGCUUUUCAAUCAUUUUGCAACUGCUGCAAAUUCCCGGAUUGGUUCUAGAAGACCCUCAUCAGCUAAUAUACAUUUAUCAUGGCGGAAUAAUUUGGAAAAGACACCAUAUACGCCGUUACCCAAUGUAGAGAAUGUUUGA